UCCUGUCCCAGCCACCGUUAGUCUCUGUCACAGCCGGACCUCGCUCCUCAAUUUGGCAAAAAUGCCUAGAGACUGAGAGAUGCAUGGAGUCCCUGAUUGCUGUUUUCCAGAAGUACACUGGGAAGGACGGAAAUAGCUGUCAAUUCUACAAAACUGAGUUCCUUUCCUUCAUGAACACGGAGCUGGCCGCCUUCACGAAGAACCAGAAGGACCCCGGUGUCCUUGACCGCAUGAUGAAGAAGCUGGACCUCAACAGCGAUGGGCAGCUAGAUUUCCAAGAGUUUCUCAACCUUAUUGGCGGCUUAGCUAUAGCAUGCCAUGAGUCCUUCCUCCAGACUUCCCAGAAGCGUAUCUAACCCUCUCCAUUCCCUUCCAGCCACCAAGCCAUCACCUCCUCCACUCCUUCCCCCAUCCAUACCUGCACUGAGCCCACCACACCUACGACACAUGCAGCCCACGCCUGACAGGGAAAAUAAAACAAUGUCAUUUUUUUGAAUGUAAAAAAAAAAAAAAAAAGAAAAGAAAAA